AUGCAGGAGCCUGUAAACGUUGCCAUGGACGACUUAGACCACAGUGUGCACAUAGCGAAGCGUGACUGGGACAGCUUCUAUGAGGAGAGUGACGAAUGCUCCUUACCACAGCCUGAGCUUGCAGGUUCAGAUGAUUCAGGCCUCAGUGAAGAGGAACCAGAGGAUUCUGGGAGUCCAGUGUGUCUGGCCCUAGACAGUGUCCAAGAUGACCUACAGCAGCAGAAUGCAGCUCCAAACACUGCCAUCCCAUCUCAGCCCAGUGUUGAGGAAGAGGCUACCCUCAGAGAGGAUAUCAUCUGCACAGACCUGCCUGUAAAGGUUGGUGAGAGUGGCUCUGAAGAAACACAACUAAAUGAUCAAUUGAGCUUAACUAAGGAGGAGGGUGGUGCUCUCCUGGACAGAGUCUCUGACAACUCCCCCCAGCCACAGAAAGAGUCAGAUUCGGGUUACUAUAGAGAAAACAGCCUCACCACAAGAGUUGGUAGAAGAAACCCCAGGAGAGACUGCAGAUCACAGAGGAGAUCUUGAGGAAACAGGACGUAACAAAUAAUCUGGGUUCAGUUCCAGAAUCUUCUAGCAACACGUGCAUAGCUAACAGUGACUUCUCUGGAGCCUGUGAUGUCUCAAAUAACAAAGGAUUCGAUGGAGAGCUGCCAAGCAAAGGUGGCACUAGUACAUUAAAUGCCAUCUCAACACCCCUCACCCUACUGUCUGUGCCACUGUCACCCAAGGACCUGUACCCAGCACAUAAUAUCAGCCAGGAGCAGCUGGACUGCCACACCGAAACAGCUAGAGGUGCCAAGGGGAGAGAAAGAGCGCUGGUUUGUGACCGUGAACGACAGUCCAGCGCUGCACAGAGUGCAUGCUGCCACCGCGGUAAAAAUAAAUAAAAACAAGCUUAUAGGAUUUCGGUCCCCAGGGUUCACACGUCAGAGGGGCCAGACCCUCCCUCUGAGAGUGAGUCAGAGAGAGAGAAUGGAUGAAUCUGACGGACAGGAGACUAUGAAGGAGUUUAUUACACAGUCAUGCUAUAGGUCAAAGCUACUGCCAAACACUUAUACGUUCCCAAUUAAUUCUCAAAGAGAGGUCUAUAUAGAGUCUCCCAAAAUACAUGUAAGCUAUUCAGAGUUACCGCCUCUCUUUUCAGAGUUAAGCUCUUCAUCAUCAUUCAGGGAAGAAGCUAACCUUUCUACGGAGUUGCCCUUGGAGUGGGAUGACUCUUCAGAAGUGCUCACCCCAGAGUCAUUAAUUGAGGGGAACAAACAGGAAAAUUACAACUCAGCGCUUGACUUAAAAAGGUCAGUAGACCAUCCAUUAUCCAAACUACAAUACCUAUUAUUUGCACAGAGCGACAAAGAUUCACCACAACUUCACCGCUCUGAUUCUGGGGACUCAAACGAGGAAGUGGAAUUAUUUUACACCACCAGCACCAGCUAUGAUUCUGAAGAGGAGUAUGUCUCAGCCACAGAAAUGGAGGAUACCGCUUAUACUAACACACUCUCCAGUAAGAUAGAUUCCACUCUCUCUGCCCGCACAUAUUGUCACUGCUGAUUCAAAGCCACUAAUUGAGGAAGAUGGUCUAAAUUGCCCCGUGCCGCCACAAUGUGAAGGUUAUGAAAACACAGCUGACCAGCCUGUCAAAACAUGUCCCUCCACUGGUCGUGGUAACAGUAACCCAAUAUCAGAGGAAAGCUCAGUGCCGGCUGAUUCAAAUGACAGCCCUGACUCCCACAUGACUUACGAGACACCAUCACACAGAGUUGGUGGGACACUUACAGACUGUGAACAUUUAGCAAAGACUAAUAUAUCAGAAGAUGAACCUACACCUUUUCCGAUGUCUCUUCCUCUUUCCGAAGUAACAGUGACCCUAACAGAAACAGAAAGUAGACCAGAGUCACCCUGCUCAGAAACCAUCUCACAGGAGGAAGAAACAGACUCCAGUACUGGCCUGGCCACUCCUGUUGACUGUGAGGAGCUUGCAGCACUAUCCUCCUCCUCUGAAGACAGCAUCCCCAAUAAAGAAGGCAUCUCCAACACCAGCCUCCUCCCAGAAGCUACAUGCCUGAAAGGGAUCAAGAAGAGCAGAAGCAUGCACAACAUUGUGCAAGCUCUGGAGGUAGCUAAGGUUAAGAUGCAGCUGAAAGACAUGCACAAUGAACAAGCUCUGGAGACAGCGGAGGUAGAGCUGCAUCUACAGGAUAUGAACAAUGUACAACAUCUUGAGGUUGAGAUGCAGCUAAAGGACGUGCCCAUUGUACAAGCUCUAGAGGUUGAGAUGAAGCCCUGGAGGUACCGGAGGUAG